CUGUGUAAUUUAAGGUUAAAUGGUUUUAAGGGUGCAAGAGGCGGCGGUAUCCCGAAAGUGGCAGUUGUGGUGACCGAUGGACAAUCGCAGGAUAGUGUAGCUGAGGCAGCACAACGGCUAAGGGAUGCGCAUGUGAUGAUUUAUGCAAUCGGCGUUACAAAUCUAGUCAAUGUGCAUCAGCUACAUCAAAUAGCCGGAAAUCCGGUACGAGUGCUCACUGUGGAAUCUUUUGAUCAGCUCGAUAGGACACUGGCUGAUUCACUUACUUGGGAUAUGUGCAAAACUGAAUUCAGUGAGUUCUGA